AUGGAAUCAAUAAUUUGUAAUAGUUGUUUUGAAGUUUAUGAUGAAGCAUAUUAUUUAUCACCAUGUGGAGAUACAAUAUGUAAGAAAUGUUUGUCACCAAAUAUAAGUACAUUAGUUAGUAGUAUUGGUGUUGUAAAUAGUUGUGGUGGUGGGGGUGCUGCUGGUAGUAGUAAUGGUAAUGGUACUGGUACUGGUAAUAGUAAUAGUAAUAGUAAUGGUACUGGUAAUAGUACAACAACAACAACAAUUGAUUAUUGUAAUCAAAUAACUUGUAAAAUUUGUGAUAAAAAAGUUAAUAGUUAUUAUAUAAACAAAGAGAUUCAAAUUCUAUUGGAUAGUUUAAAAGUUAAAUCAUGUCCAAAACAUCAUAGAAAAGAAACUCAAUUCUAUUGUUUAGAUUGUAAAUCAACUUGUUGUUCAAAUUGUAAAUCUGAUAAAGUUCAUAAAAGUCAUCAAAUUUCAGACUAUAAUUUAAUUUUAUUUAAUUCAAUUUAUUAUAAUAUUGAAAAACAAAUAAUGAAUAAAAAUAAAAAUCCAAUAAAUAAUAAUCCAAAUAAUAAAUUAACACAAUUAUCAAAUUCAACUAAUAAUAAUAAUAAUAAUAAUUUUAAUUCAAUUAAAAAUAAUGUUAGUAUAAAAUUUAAAGAUCAACGUGUAAGAUUACAUCAUACAUUUUUUAAUAAUUGUAAAGAGAUUAUUCAAAAUGUUAAUGUAAUAAAGAAUAAAAUUAAAGAUUUAAUACCAAAGAAUGGUGUAUAUUGUAAAAGAACAUUUUAUUUGAAAUCAAUUGAAUUAAAUAAAAAUUCAGCAAUAUCUUAUUUCAAUUUAGCAAUUACUUUAAUUGAUUCAACUGAACAAUCUGUAACACUAUUUGAUAAUUCAGUAUUAAAAGAAGAUGAUCUUUAUUUACGUUCACUUUCAAUUGAUCCAAAUAAUCCAUUUUGUUAUUUUAAUCUUGCAAUUGGAUUAGGUUCAUCAUCACCAACCACUACAACUACUACAACUACUACUACAACUACUACAAAUAAUACAAAUACAAAUUCACCACAACAACAAAUUAUAAUUGAAAAUGGUGCAAGUCCACCAAUCAUAUCACCAUCAACAUCACAAUCUAGUUCAUUACUAAUAAAUACAGAGAAUGAAUCACAAACAUCAACAAUACUAUUACCAAAUGGUAAAAAAGUUAAUAAAGUUGGAUUAUUAAUUAAAGCAAUAGAGGUUGACUCAAAUUAUUCAUAUGCGUAUUAUAAUUUAGGAAAAUGUUUAAAAACAAGUUCAGUUGUAUUUUCAAACUCAACAAUAAUGAAAAAGAAAGAUUUAUUUAUAAAAUAUAUUAGUUUUCAUCCAAAUCAUGCAUUUGCAUAUAACAAUUUAGCAAUUAAUAUUAAACCAGAAGAAACUGUUACUCUAUUAAAUAGUGGUAAAAUAAUGACACAAUCUGAACUUUAUAAGAAAGCAAUUGAUUUAAAUCCAUUUUACUCAAAUCCAUAUAUAAAUUUAGCAUCGAUAAUAUGCGGCAAUGAAGAACCUGUUAAAUUAUUAAAUGGUCAAUUAAUAUCAAAAAAGGAAUUACUCAUUAAAGCAAUUGAUAUAGACCCAUUGAAUGCAAAUGCUUAUAAUAAUUUAGCAACAAAUAUUGAAAAAGAUGAAAUUGUUACAUUGGCAAGUGGUAAACAAGUGAAUAAGAAAUACCUAUACUUGAAAUCAAUCGAUUGUAACCCGAAUAAUGCCAAUGCAUAUAAUAAUUUAGCAUUAUUUUUAAAAACUAAUGAAGAUAAAAUUCAAUUACUUAAUGGUAUUUGGUUAGAUAAGAAAUCAUUAUACAUUAGAUCACUAUCGAUUGAACCAUUAAAUAAUUUAAUGGCAUAUAAUAAUUUAGCAAAUUGCUUAAAACCAAAUGAAAAAAUUCAAUUAUUAAAUGGUAAUUGGAUAGAUAAGAAAACCCUCUACAUUAAAUCAAUUUCAAUCGAUCCAACAAUUCCAAGGAUUUUUAUAAAUUUAGCUAAAAAUAUGAAUUUCAUUGAAAAGAUUCAAUUAGAAGAUGGUACAAAAUUAUUAAAAAAAGAUAUACUCAUUAAAAUCGUUGAUUUUGAACCAAAACAAUGGAUUCAUUAUUACAAUUUAGCAAAUUCUUUAAAACUUAAUGAAUCUGUAAAAUUACAAUCAAUGCCUUUAAUUUCAAAAAUUUCAAAAAAAGAAUUAUAUUUGAAAGCAUUAGAUUUAAAUCCAAAUUCAGAUGCAAGAUUAUAUAAUGUUUUAGCUGGUAUAAUUAAACCAAAUGAAACUGUUAAAUUAUUAAAUGAUAAAGUAAUUUACACUAAAAAAGAUCUAUUCUUAAAAUCAAUUCAAUUAGAAAAAGAUAAUCCAAAUACAUAUUUAAAUUUAUCUUUAAUUUUAUUACAUAAUGAAUCUGUAACAAUGUUAAAUGAAUUGAAUGAAAAUUCUUUAAAAUUAAUUAAAACACCAACAAGUACUACUACAAAUACUACAAGUGAAUUAAAAUUAUCAAAAAAAGAAUUACUUAUUAAAACAAUUCAAUUAGAUCCAUCAAAUUCAAAAGCAUAUAUUAAUUUAGCAGAUGAAAUUGAUUCAACUGAAAUUAUAACAAUAUUAAGAGAUGUCGAUCAAAAAUUAGUACCAUUUACAAAGAUUGAUUUAUAUAUAUUUUCAAUACAUGUAUUUGCAAAGAAUGCAAUUGCAUAUUAUAAUUUAGCAUUAAAUUUAACAGCAACUUAUAAACAAUCAGUAACACUAUUAAAUGGUAAAACAAUGACAACUAGACAACUUUUAAUCAAAGCAAUUUCAAUAAAUAAUAAAUUUGCCGAUGCUUAUCAUUUAUUAGCAAAAAUAUUAGAUCAUGAUGAACAAAUUCAAAUUUUAAUUAGAAAUUCCACUAGUAAACCACCAAUUGGUACAUUAGAAUCAUUUGGUAAAAAAGAUUUAUUAAUUAAAGCUAUAAAGUUAAACCCAGAUCCAAACUAUUUCUAUACAUUGGGUAAUUAUUUCAAGAAUGAGUCAAUCAUGGUCAAUUGUAAUCUAUCGGAGAUGUAUGUGAAAUAUAAUGGCAUUAAAAUGAGACCAAGGGAUAUUUUCAUACAAUCGUUCACGAGAAUACCUCCAUUCUUGUUGUUGCAAACCAUUGAUAACCCAUUCCACUAUUUAAAUGAUGUUAUGGCAAUUGAAAUCGAUUAUUCAAAAAGACAACCUACAAUUGACAAAUUUUUAAAUCUCAUCGAUAUUAAUCCAAAUAAUGCCAAUCAUUAUUUCACAUUAGGUUAUUAUUUAGCCACAAAAGAAACUAUUCAUUUAUUAAAUGGUUUUCAAAUGUGUAAAAUAUCACUAUUCGUUAAAGCAAUUGAAUUGGAUCCAAAUCAUAUUCAAUCUUAUUUUUCACUUUAUCUUUAUUUACAUUUAACUCGUGAUCCUGAUAUAACUUUUGUAACUUUAUCAAAUGGUGAAAUCAUGUAUAAAGAAGAUAUAGUUAGAAGAAUUGAAUCAAUGGAUAAAAGAUUAACUGAUUUAAUGUUUACUGUUUCAACUGCAACUACUUCUACCACAACUAAUUCAAACAACAACAACAACAAUAACAACAACAACACCAAUACCACUACCACUACCACUACAACCAAUGGUAUAACAACAACUUCAACAAAUAAUGGUUCACCAUCAUGUUCUUCAAUUUCUUCAACUUUUCCAACUUCAUAA